AUGAAUUCGGUUACUAUAGAGCCAGAUGAGCGAGAGGCGUUGGCAUCACUGGUUCCGGCUCAUCCACCGCCGCGUAAGACACAUUCCUACGUUGAGCAAAACGAGCAGAAGCCGCAUCACCCGAUCCGCAAGUACAGCCUUGACGAAGGCUCUAGAUCCGUGACGUCAGAUUCCGAACCUGUUUAUUUCGAUUCCUCCGACGGCGAGUUCUCCACCGAAAACGUCGUCACCAACAAUGGCAGAACCGGUGGAGACAGAGGCAACGGGGAGGCCACGCCUCCGUCGAAACCAGCAUCGCAGCAAGGUGAGAAUGACGGCCUCGGAAGAGGAGAGGACAAUGUCGAGUCCCUUCCGGAAUUCAUGGGCGCGGGAGGUGGCGUCGACGUCUUCAAGGUCCCGGUGCGUGCUGCGGUGAAUCCCGGACGGCCGCCGUGUCUUGAGCUCCGGCCGCAUCCGUUGAGGGAGACACAGACGGGGAAGUUUCUGAGAAACAUUGCUUGUACAGAAAGCCAGCUAUGGGCGGGACAGGAGAACGGCGUGAGGUACUGGAACUUGGAGGAAGCAUACGAGGUCGGUUGUGGCGUCGCCGGGCAGGCACGGCGAGGGGAUGAGGAUACAGCGCCGUUUCAUGAAUCUGUUACAAUCUCGCCUACCUUGUGUAUGAUGGUUGACCACGGCAAUAGGCUUGUGUGGAGCGGUCACAAGGAUGGCAAAAUCAGGGCUUGGAAAAUGUGUCAGCCGGGUACUAGUAGUGCGGAUGACUCAAAGCCUUUCAAGGAACGUCUCUCUUGGCAAGCUCAUCGUGGUCCUGUGAAUUACAUUGUCAUGAGCUCUUAUGGUGAUAUGUGGUCAUGUUCUGACGCCGGCGUGAUAAAAGUAUGGACUUUAGAUUCUUUAGAGAAGUCUCUUGUGCUGAAACCGGAGGAGAAGCAUAUGGCUGCAUUGUUAGUGGAGAGGUCUGGUAUUGACCUGAGAAGCCAAGUUACAGUCAAUGGUACAUGCAGCAUAUCGUCUUCAGAUGUGAAGUUUUUGUUAGCUGAUACAGUGAGAGCUAAAGUGUGGGUUGUGCAGCAUCUCUCCUUCUCAAUUUGGUGUGCUCAGAAUAAAGAACUUCUGAAAGUUUUCAAUAUUGAUGGGCAAGUUGAAAACCGAGUGGACAUGCCAGCUACGCAAGGUCAGCAGGCUGAAGAAACGAAAGUGAAGUUCUUCUCCACGGCGAAAAAGGAAAAACCGCAGGGGUUUCUUCAAAGAUCGCGCCACGCCAUAAUGGGAGCUGCAGGAGCUGUUCGCAGAGCUGCUACUAGAAGCACAGGAGCUUUUGCAGAAGAUCCUAGGAAAGUAGAAGCUAUUGCCAUAGCGGCAGAUGGAUCAAUUUGGACUGGAAGCAUGAACGGCGUGAUUGCUCAGUGGGACGGGAAUGGAAACCGGUUGAGGGACACGAACCAUCAUCAGCAGGCUGUUUUGUGCUUUUGCACUUUUGGUGAUCGGAUAUAUGUUGGUUAUGCAAGUGGUUACAUCCAGAUUAUGGAUCUUGGUGGGAAGCUGAUUGCAAGCUGGGUUUCACACAAUGAGCCUGUGAUAAAGCUAGCUGCAGGUGGUGGUUUCAUUUUUAGCUUAGCCACUCAUGGUGGUGUAAGAGGAUGGUAUGUGACAUCUCCAGGACCUCUAGACAGUGUAAUCCGAACAGAAUUGACUCAAAAGGAGAUUACGUAUGCACGACAAGACAGUGUUAAGAUCUUGGUUGGUACCUGGAAUGUUGGUGAAGGACGGGCUACACGGGGAGCGCUUACGUCCUGGCUAGGUUCUGCUGUUUCAGAUGUUGGCAUCGUCGCUGUUGGGUUGCAAGAAGUGGAUAUGGGAGCGGGUUUCCUUGCCAUGUCUACUGCUAAAGAAACGGUAGGGGUUGAAGGAAGUGCUGUGGGUCAAUGGUGGCUUGAUGCAAUUGGAACUGCGGUGGAUGAGAGAAAUACUUUCGAACGUAUGGGUUCAAGGCAGUUAGCAGGACUGCUAAUAUGUCUCUGGGUGAGAAGAGAUAUUAGAACACAUGUCGGAGAUCUUGAUGUCGCAGCAGUUCCAUGUGGAUUUGGCCGUGCCAUUGGUAACAAGGGAGGAGUGGGCUUGAGAAUCAGAGUCUAUGACCGGAUUAUGUGCUUUGUGAACUGUCACUUGGCUGCUCACUUGGAGGCAGUUACUCGGAGAAACGCGGAUUUCAAUCAUAUAUAUCGGUCGAUGGUCUUCUCCAAAGGACAGAGUUUAUACACUGUCGCAGCUGCUAAUGCUUCAACGUCUGCUCAAGCGCUAAAGAACAACCCUAAUGCAAACAUCACCACUGAAGAAGAGAAGUCUGAUUUAGCAGCUGCAGAUCUGGUUGCAUUUUUCGGUGACUUCAACUAUAGGUUGUUUGGUAUAACCUACGACGAAGCAAGGGACUUCAUUUCACACCGAUCUUUUGAUUGGCUCAGAGAGAAAGACCAACUUAGGCAAGAGAUGAAUGAAGGAAGAGUGUUCCAAGGAAUGCGUGAGGCGUUAAUCACCUUCCCUCCGACUUACAAAUUCGAAAAGAACAAGCCUGGUCUAGGAGGGUAUGAUUCAGGGGAGAAAAAGCGAAUACCCGCGUGGUGUGACAGAGUUAUAUACAGAGACAAUCAAUCAAGCCAAAAUUCUGAGUGCAGUUUGAAGUGCCCUGUAGUUGCAUCGACUGUAAUGUACGAAGCUUGUAUGGAUGUGACUGAGAGUGAUCAUAAACCUGUGCGCUGCAAAAUGCAUGCUAACAUUGCUCACACCGAUAAAUCUGUGCGAAGACAGGAGAUGGGGAAAAUAGUAAAGUCCAAUGAGAAGCUCAGGGCCAUGUUCGAGGAACUGAAACUGGUUCCAGAAACAUCAGUGAGUACCAACAGCAUUCUUCUUCAGAGUCAGGACACAUUCAUCUUUACAAUCACAAACAAGUCAAACUCGAGCAGAGCCAUCUUCAACAUCCGCUGUAAGGGUCAGACUAUCGGUAGAGAUGAUAAAGAUGAUCCUGAUAAUCUUUCAAGAGGCACCUUUGGUCUCCCUCGCUGGCUCGAGGUUUCUCCAGGAGCUGGGAUGAUCAAAGCAGAUGCUUCAGUGCAAGUGAAGGUUCAUCACGAAGACUUUAACACCUCAGAGGAGUCAUUUGAUGCCCCCCAACAAAACUUAUCGUGUGAAGCCACUUGUGACAAAGAAGUGACUCUGAUUAUAAACAUCCAAGGAAGCUGCUCGACCAAAACUACAAGCCACUCUAUCAAAGUCCGCCACUGCUUCUCAGCUGCCAAAACACUUAGUCUCGCUUAUUCAAAACCCACCAACCAGAAACAAGAGGGUUCCACUCGUUACCAGCCAGAAACUUACCGCGGUGGAAGCACCAGACGUGGUUGA